UUUGAUGGUCCGGUCAGACUAUCGGCCACAGCAAUUUGUCAACGAUUAUGCUUGUCGUCACCGAUGCCUUGAACUUCGUCAAUCUCUUCUUCUCUGUUACGAUCAAUGGACUCCUCAUCAAACCCUACCAUCACCCACGACGACGAACUCGAUCGAUUCCUCGACGCGCCCGAUGAAUUCUACUACGAUUGCAUGCCCCCGACCCGUCGCCAUUCCCACCGUCAAUACUCGUCUCCCUCGGCUAAUCCCUCCGCCGCGACUCUCCGUCGGAGAAAUCACCGGAACUCGAAUCGCUCCGAUGUAGAAACGGAGCCGUCUUCCUCCUCUUCCAAUGGAUUCAAGCUCGAUGACGUAAUCGAAUCAACCAAGGACCUAAUUGACCUAUCACCACCAGAGAAAGACGACGACUUUGCUGUAACUGAUUCGGGUCAGGACCGGGUUGACCCGAUUCAGGAAAGCGGAGAGAAAACAGAAGAAUCCGUGGAUGUAGCAGAUUCGGAUCGGGUUCAGGAAGGGGUUAGCUUGACCGAAGAAUCAACGGUGACCACCGUAAGCGAUGAUCGGGAAGUUGACAAUGCAAGAUCAUCACCACCGGAGCUCCAUGAACCCAAUCCAACGGAUUGGUCUCUCCUUGGCUAUUUGGUUGGGCUAGUAUUCAAAGCAAUCGAAUUUCAAUUCAAUUUGUUCAUCAGCCUUGUAAAGUAUCCACCUUUGCUGCUCCACUGGUGCUUCCUCUUCUUUUUCGAUCCCUUUAGCACCAUUAGGCUUGGCAGACGCUUUAUAACGACAGUGAUAACUAAUAAGCUGAGCUGGUUCGAUGAUACCAAACGAGUGUUGAACGUUGCGUGCAAGUGUGGAUGGGGUUUGUUUUGGGCUGUUUACGUAGGCGCUGUGUUGUUUGGCUUGUUGGUUUUGUCGCUUAUGCUUGGUGGGUUUAUGAUCAACCGCGUAGCUGAUAAACCGUUUGUACUCAAGGAGGUAUUGAAUUUCGAUUACACUAAGAAUAGUCCAGAAGCAUUUGUGCCCAUCACCUCGUGUGAUGGUAGUUGCAAGGAGAGUAAUGAAAUGUUGAAGAUCAGAGGGGUUCGAGCUAUCCCUCGUGACCACAAGCUAGAGAUCACUCUUUCGAUGACGGUACCUGAGUCUGAGUAUAAUAAAAACCUCGGCAUGUUUCAGGUUCGAGUGGAUUUUUUAUCUGCGGAUGGUCAAACGCUUAAUAGCAUAAGGCGUCCGUGCAUGUUGAGAUUCAGAAGCGAGCCUAUCCGUCUAGUUCAGACAUUCUUGAAAAUGGUUCCGUUAGUUACAGGAUACGUCUCCGAGAUACAAACCUUGAGCUUGAAGCUGAAAGGCUUUGCGGAAAAGGACAUUCCCACUGCUUGCUUAAAGGUAAUGAUCGAACAACGGGCUGAGUUUCGACCCGGUGCAGGUAUUCCAGAGCUGUACGACGCAUCCCUCUCGCUUGAAUCGGAUCUUCCUUUCUUCAAAAAGGUUAUAUGGAAAUGGCGGAAGACUUUGUACGUAUGGAUCAGCAUGAGUUUGUUCGUUAUGGAGUUGCUUUUCGCGUUGGUUUGUUGCAGACCUCUGGUAAUACCAAGAACACGAAGUAGAGACAGACCGCCUUCAAAUUCGCCUGGAAGUGGAUGAUGUUGCUGUAAAUCAUGUUUUGUUACACUCGAAAACGGUACUUUCACUUCCUAUGUUAACUUUAGCUUCUAAAAGUUCUUUAAUUAAGUUGUAAAUCUUAUAUGUGGUUUGGAUUUAACGUAUGUUCUUUAAAAACGAGUUUGAUAAAGUAAUAUAACAAAUGUGUUUGAUAA